AUGCGUCGCUUCAACAGCGUGACUGUUGAUCAAGAAGUACACACAGCUGUUAUUGGAGCUGGUGGAAGACUGGGUAAUAUUGCUCUGGCUCUUUACGACCAAGGCAAGCAAGCCAUCAGCCACGGAACAUGUCCUGGCGUCGGUGUAAGCGGUCUCACACUGCACGGAGGUUACGGCAUGUCAUCUCGCCUGCACGGCCUUACACUAGACCAACUUGUCUCUGUAACUGUCGUCCUCCACAACAGCAGCGUAGUAACCGCGUCACCAACCUCCAACCCCGACCUCUUCUGGGCCCUACGAGGCGCCGGCGCCGCCUUCGGCAUCGUCACCGACUUCAAGUUCAAAACGUUUGACGCCCCCGAAAGCAACCUCGUAUUCUCCUACAACCUCUCCCCAUCCAACACAUCGCAACUCGCCAACAUCCUGACCGUCCUCCAAAACUUCACCAUCCACGACCAACCCCCGGAGCUAAACAUGCGCAUGUUUCUCCCCAACCAACUGACUGGCGUAUACUACGGCAACCGCAGCGCCUUCGACACCAUCAUGAACCCACUGCUUACCAAACUUAACAUCCCACUCGAGGGCCGCGGCGCAGGUACUGUUUCAACGAAGAAAUGGAUCGACACUUUGACAUCCUUUUCCAAUGGCCCGUUGCCCCAACCAGAGAUAUACGACUACCACGAGAACUUCUACGCCAAGUCACUCAUGCCGGAGUACCUCUCCCCCGCCGCCAUGACCGCCCUCGCAGACUACUACUUCACCACCGCGCGCAACAUCCGUGGCCGAUCCUGGUACCUCCUCAUCGACAUGCACGGCGGCUCCGGCUCUGCGAUCUCCAAAGUACCCGCAGACGAGACAUCGUACUCGCACCGCAACGCCGUCUUCAAGAUGCAGUUCAACGACCGCAUUUUCCCUGACAGCGCGACGUACACGCCUAAGAUGAUGGAGUUUCUGAAUGGCUGGGUCGAUGCGAUUGAAAAGGCGAGCGAGGGCGAGCAGUUUGGCAUGUAUAUCAAUUAUGCGGAUACGAACCUUACCAAGGCGGAUGCGCAUUCGAGGUAUUGGGGAGAGCAUUAUGAGAGGUUGGUGGGGAUUAAGGGGGUGUAUGAUCCACAGAAGGUGUUCGAGGGGCCGCAGUUGGUGGGUAGCUAG